GAUUAUAUGAACCUGUCCCUGGACCUGGUGCCUGGAGGCACAGUGAGCCAGUGUCUGCAGGAGUACCUGAAAGAGAGCCAGUUGGAGUAUCGGUGCGAGUGUGAUGCUGAGGAGUCGACACAGCAAAUGUCAUUCUUGACCCUGCCAAAUGUACUGAUCCUCCAGCUGAAGAGAUUCAGAUUCACCGAGUCCUUCAACCUGGAGAAGGUGGACAGCCCCAUCCUUUUAUCAAGGGAGCUGAUGGUGAAACCUGCAUCCAGCAUCACCAAACAGACAAUGACUCGCUACUCUCUAGUGAGCAUCGUCAGCCAUUUGGGCUCCACAGCUCACUCUGGCCACUACAUCUGUGAUGGUGCUCACCGAGAGCAGAAACCAGGUGACAUGACAGACCGCUGGCUCAUGUACAACGACAAAGACGUCAGUGAGACAACCGGCGCAUCUGUCUGUUACCUGCGGCAGCAAACAGCAUACAUGCUGUUCUAUGAGAAACAGCAGUAGAUGAGUCUUGAGGCGACAUAUCUGCAA